AUGGUUAUGCUGACUUUCGACGACAGCAUUAACAUCCAGAACAUCAACUUCUACAAGGAACUCUUCAACGGGUCGCUGAAAAAUCCCAACGGCUGCCCGAUCAAAUCCACGUAUUUUGUUUCUGGGGACAACAGCGACUACCAGAUGGUCAAGAAACUGUCCAAACAGGGCCACGAGAUAGCUUCUCACACGCUUAGCCAUCGGAGUCCCACCACCUGGUGGGCAGAUGCUGGGUCUGAGAACUGGGAACACGAGAUUGUAGGUAUGAAGAACCAGCUCCACGAGAAGGCUGGAGUGCCCCUAAAAGAUGUUGUUGGCAUGAGGGCUCCAUUCUUGCAGGUGGGCGGAGACGGACAAUACACAAUGCUUAAAGAAAACAAAUUUCGCUACGACUCCUCAAUGGUGACUGGUUAUCUCUAUAGCAACAACCAACCACCGGUUUGGCCAUUCACUCUGGACACGCCUCCAGAUGGCACCACGUGCAACAUAUCGCCUUGUCCCACCCGCUCCUAUCCUGGACUUUGGGAGGUACCACUGGUUCGAUGGUACGGCUCCAAUCACAUUGCAUGUGCUAUGCCAGAUGCUUGCACAGUUGAUUCAGGACACAAGAAUGUCCGUAAAUUCAUUGACCAGAACUUCGACCGACACUAUAAAACAAACCGAGCUCCAUUCGGCAUCUUCAUCCACGCCGCCUGGUUCAGCAGGACCGAGGGAGUGUUUGAAGCACUGAAGGGCUUUCUGACAUCUUUAACUAACAAGGAAGACGUUUGGAUCGUCACCGUCAGCCAGGCAUUGGACUGGAUCCAGCACCCAGUUAGACUGCCUGCUCUUAACGCUAUCGACAGCUGGGCAUGCUGA